AGCAAUGGGUGCAGAAUAUGGCCAUCGCAAUUAUCGAUUGUGCCACUUACAUUUUGAAGAAAAGUGGUACAAGCAAUGCAUGUAUUACAACAUCAGCAAUUGAAAAGAUGGAUGAAGAGCUACCUGAAGAAGAAAAUCUUUAUAUUUUACAACAAGAGGAAACAAAUAGUGACUUACAGUCGAAAUCAUUCCCGCCUAUAACAGAGCAGAUGCCAAAAUGUGAUAAAGAUGUCCAUAUUAUUGCUAAGCCGAGCACGUCCAGCAGCACAAUAAGAAGAGAAGAAAGUCCGCGGAAGAAAAAAUUGCAACAACGCAUUGUACGAUUACAAGGGAGAGUAAAAACACUGGACGAAAGAAACAGACGGCUUCAGAAGAAAGUGAAGAUUUUAAUUGUAAGGAAGAAGAAAGCAGAAAGAGAGAAGCUUAAGGACCACGAGAUUCUACGUCAAUUAGGCUGUAAGUUUUUUUCUCCGACUUUCGCACGAUUGUUAUCUGCCCAAAUUGAUGCGCAAAUUAAAAGCAAACGUGGAAGACGGUAUAGUUCCGAAUUUAAACAUUUGCUUUAGGUAUAUACUUUCUAAGUCCGCGAUGUUAUAAAGAACUUCAAAAAGAAUUAGCAUUACCUGCCAUACGCAGUCUACAUAAGUUUACACAAACGUGGCAAAUUAAACCCGGUAUAAAUGAUAAAAUUUUUGAUGUGUUAGCUGUAAAGUUAAAUUCAUUGCCACUAUUAGAACGUCAUUGCAUUUUGUGCAUAGAUGAAAUGAGUCUACAAGCUCAUUUAUUUUACAAUGUUUCACAAGAUGAAAUAAUUGGUUUUCAAGAUACCGGUAAUGAUCAGAAAGAACCGUUACCUGCAAAAAGUGUUUUAGUUAUUAUGGCACGUAGCAUUGAAGGUAAUUGGAAACUUCCUCUUUGCUUUUGUUUUGUCGAGAAUGCAUGUAAAUUUAAUGUAUUGAAACCUAUUCUAUUUGAUGUUAUACGUAAAUUACAACAUUGCGGUGCGACUGUGCAUGCUUUAA